UUCCAUUGACCCAGUGGGGCGUGACGUCACGGGUUGCGCGGCAGGCGUGCGCGGCGCCACGAAAACAAACAAAAUGAAGUCUCAGGACAGCAAGGCGUUAUGGGCCCCACAGACAGAAAAACCCAUACAUUACACAUAUUUGAAAGAAUUUCGAGUGGAGCAGUGCAGCCUCUUCCUCCAACACAAGUGCACCCAGCAUCGCCCAUUCACGUGUUUUCAUUGGCAUUUUUUAAAUCAACGGCGGAGACGACCCAUAAGGAGGAGGGACGGCACGCUAAACUACUCUCCAGAUGCAUAUUGUAACAAAUUCGACGAGAAUACGGGAAUCUGUCCAGACGGAGACGAGUGCCCAUACCUUCACCGAACAGCUGGUGACACUGAACGGCGGUAUCACCUAAGAUAUUACAAGACAGGGAUGUGUGUACACGACACAGACUCUCGGGGCAUGUGUGUCAAGAAUGGCCCUCAUUGUGCCUUUGCCCACGGGGUAGAGGACGUAAGGUGGGUCUCCGCUUGGCACAUGGGUGGUGCUGAAACGACUGCCUACACCAUCCCUCCCAGACCACCUGUGUAUGACAUACGGGAGCUGCAGGCGUUGGAGCUAAUGGACCAUGAGGGACUUAAUGGCAGUGGCCCAAACAACUUGGACAAGGAGAGAAACAUGGUUAAUGAUGACCCCAAGUGGCAGGAUACUGGUUAUGUUUUGGCAAAUUACAAGACUGAGCAAUGUAAAAGACCCCCUAGAUUAUGCCGGCAAGGAUAUGCUUGUCCCCAGUACCACAACUCCCGAGAUAGAAGAAGAUCCCCAAAAAAGUGUAAAUAUAGGUCUACAGCUUGUCCCAAUGUGAAGCAUGGGGAUGAAUGGGGAGAACCUGGCAACUGUGAGAAUGGUGAUGCCUGCCAAUACUGCCACACCCGCACCGAGCAACAGUUCCACCCAGAGAUCUAUAAGUCUACAAAGUGCAAUGACAUCCAGCAGAACGGCUACUGUCCUCGGGGAGCCUUCUGUGCCUUUGCCCACCUUGAUCAGGAGAUGACAUUGGUAAGGGAGACAGCUGCCAGCGAAAAUUGCACUGGAACUAGUUUAGCAGACAUUUUGCAGUCUGCUCUUCCAGACACCCCACCUUCAGGCUCCUGCCCCACAUCAUCUAAUAACACCAACUCAGUCCAAGGCAACAAGAUAUCCAAUUGCAACGACUCUGUAUUUGGCAAUGGUCCAAGUCAUUUGCAAGCCCUGGCUCCCAUCGGCAGCAAGCCACGCCACUUUAGUGGUAACUCUCUGCUGGGGGGCCCAGCAGACUCCCUGGGUCUGAGUGGAAGCCUUGGAGGUGGAGUCCUUGGGUCCUACCACAAAGCCCCAGGGUCAGAAAGAGAGGACCGGGAUUCCCAAUUCAAGAAGCAGCUAGCAGCCAUUGAUAGCGACCCUUCACUGGACCUUCAAGAGAAGAACAAGCGGAAGCAGAACCUCUUUAUAGCCAACAUGAUACCUGUCAACCAUCAGCAUCCUCCCAUCAGCAUGCCCAUCACCCUGCCUUCUUCCUCCUAUGUCUCCUCUUUACCCUCCAGCCUUUCUUCCACUGUUUCCCCUCUUGCCCCCCCAUUCUAUCCCACCAGUGACACUGUGGAGUCUGUUGUUGGAAGUGCCCUGGAAGACCUGAACUUGGAUGAACCUCUCAAUAUAGCCGCAUCUUUAGACAGAGAACUAGAAUCUGAAAGCAAUUUAAGCAAUUCUAUAUCAUCUGGUUUUGUUAAUUCUGGUUUGCUUGGAUCCAGUGCCCCCGUCAAUAUUCCCGGGUCAAGUUUUCAGGAGAGGUCAGGUGGCCUCAUCACCAACCCUUCACCAUCCUCCACAUCAUCCCCUGCUUUCACACACUCCUUUCUCCAGUCUUCCUUGCAUCGGGAGAACUCUCUGGAUAAGCAGGGGACAGCAGCAUUCCUAGGAGCCAAUGGCGUAGGCAAGAUAAGUGGUGGGGGUGGCCUCUUUGACCUGGCAUCCAACAUGUCCCCACACAAUCGCAACCCCUUAACUAAUGCCCUCUCCCAGUCACCUCUGGUGGCUCCCUUCAGUGCUUCCAACAGCUCCAGCACAUCAGAAAUCCAACGCCUGAGGGAGGAGCUGGUCACCAAUAGAGCCAAGCUUGCAUCAUGGGAAGAGGGCAUUGCACAGGCCCGCACAGCCUGUGAGGCAUGGAGAAAGGAAGCAGAUGAAGCCAACAGGAAGCACAAGCUGGCCGAGCAGACCAAAGAAGAGUAUGUUGCCAAAAUAGCAGCACAGCAAAAGGAAAUAGAGGAUCUGCAUGCAGGGCGACUGGGACCAUAUGUUCAAGCCCUCCAUCCUCACACUGAACUGGAGAAAUUACCACUGCAUACACUCAAGUCACUCCAAACUCAACUUAGGCAAGAUCUAGAAGCUGUAGAGAAAGUCAUUAAUAAUUAUGGAAGCAAGAGUGAACAGUGGCCUGGGAAUAGUAAUGCAUGGUAAGCAUAUAGUGAAGACAAGACUUCAGUCUACUAAGGAAACAUUUUGGGGGCCAUCCUUGGGGAAAGCAAUCAACAUUUAAUUGGCUUAUCCUUUCAAAUUUCUGAGAUUUUAGUUUUCAUGCCAGGUGUCACCUUAAUUUGGUCCUGUUUCUUUGAAUACAACUUAGACUAAAAUUGUUAUUUCAAGCCUCUGUGUGUGGCUACAUUGAUAAUCUCAGCAAAUGUAUUAUUCCUCCAUUCACAAAAUGGAUUAGGUUUAGGUUAUGUAACUGAUGGAGGAAUGAGGGAAGUGACUUUUUGCCCACUCCCUUCUUUCCUCCCAGGUGAUGUUCUGAUGACUGACUCAGUACAAAGAAUGCAACAAUGAAAGUCUCAUUAGCAUAGAAUGAUUUGCCCAAAUUUGUAUGUGUGUAAUUUUGUGCACGCACCAGAGGUGACCAGCCAUCUUUUUUUUGCUACAUUUUUUCCUCCUGUCUUGUGCCAGGGAGGAGCACAUACUGCUCAUUUUAUACUUGACCCCAGUAUUAAUAUUCUGCUGCAGCAGACCUAGAUCCGUAUGUCAUUUGAUGAACACAACCUUGUUUAUAAAAUAUUUCAAGUGUGUGUGUGUGUGUGUGUAUAUA